GGAGCUCGCGAUGCAAGUCGGCACCUGGAUUUCAUUUAUAAUUGUUCCAGUUGCCUUUGCGAUCAAUGUCACGGAUUAUAGAAAUGAGCUUCCCAAAUGCGGGCUCGAUUGUCUCUCACCUUGCAUUCCUCGAAACAUGAAUGCGCCUGUGAAUGUCGGUUGUUUGUGCUUAGACACUUCUAUUUCCGACAAUUCCAACUUCUGUGUCAAUAGGAACUGUACUAGAUUAGAGUCUUGGGAUGUGAUGAGGCUCACCAACAAGCUCUGCUCUAGAGAGAAGAACUCCCGCCAGCCACAAAUUCUUUCUACUGUGGCAUUUGGGGCAUUGGCGUCAAUAUCUGUUAACGCCCGUCUUUGGUUGAGAUGGAAAACCGAAGGCCGCUUCAACAAAGACGACUGGGUUAUGGUUGUAGUCAACGUUCUGUUGCUCAUAUUUUCCACCCUUGGAGCCCUGUCGGUAGCGACGGGUUUUGGGCUCGAUGCUUGGGAUGUUGAUAAUCUGCCUUUGGCUCUCGCUUUAUACUUUUGGGAUGAGAUUUUCUAUGUUCUCAUUCUCGGUCUCUGCAAGGUGUCGAUUCUCAUGUUCUACUUGAGAAUAUUUCCACAUCAAGAGUUCCGAACAGCUUGUUAUGUCAUACUCGUAUGGGUAUCUCUGAACACCAUCGUCUUCUCCUUCCUUACCCUCUUCCAAUGCAUCCCGAUUUCUACCAAUUGGAAUGGAUGGGAAAAGAAAGGCGGGCGAGAUGUGUGUCUGAAUUUGAACGCUCAGUCCUUCGCAAGCUCUGGUAUCAACAUCGCUCAGGAUGUCGCAAUUUUGCUACUACCCAUUCCUUGGCUAGUGACACUACGCGUCACUCUGAAGAAGAAAUUACACGUCCUAUUCAUGUUCAGUCUUGGGAUAUUUAUCUGCAUUUGCUCGAUCGUGCGGAUUACUAAAGUGGUAAAGUUCACAGACAACAGCAGCAACCCAACUAGGGAUUUUGUUGAUGUCACCUACUGGACCGCCAUUGAAGCAUGUAAGCUCGCCUCUACCAUCCGGGAUCAUCAUCUGUUCCCUUGUUCGAUCCAGCAGAAUCACUCUUCACAGACUGUAUGAUGAAGACUAACUCAAGUUCCUCGUUCACAGACGUUUCGAUUGUCAUACCAGUGAGUGCCGACUCACGAUUCACUGAGUCCUGUUUUUUGCAAAAGCCUUCAUCAUUAGGCCUGUGAUACAACGAGCCUUUCGGUUCGUCGGCAUGGCUGCCACUGACGCAAAUGUUUAGAAUCUGCCAGCUAUUCGGUCUUUUCUGUCGCUCAAAUUUCCCAGGAUAUUUGGACUCGACUCUCGCGUCGGAUAUGAGCGGUCAAAACCUGCACCUCCGACGGGAACUGGAGAAAGUAUCGAAUUAAGUUUGACCAGCAAGACUAAUGUCAAUCCAGAGCCCAGAGCAAUCGAGGAUCAAAGCCAUUUCAGCAACACGCAAAUUGGGAUAGCUCUCUAGUCUAGGUCUGAAAUAUUUUCGGAACCACAAGCACUUUCUCGGUUUGCUUUCAUAUUGUUGAUUGCUAUGGUUCGAGAAGACCAUCGAAAAGCCAUUAAAAUUAGUAGUUGAAUACUGUGCCUCAGAUCAAGAGCCGAGGGCUUGGAUAUUAUUCAGUGUCGCAUUGCUAGCAGCGACACUCCGCUCUAGCUUGCGGCCGCCGAGGCUGAUAACCGUUUCCAACCCGACGCCAAGCGAUCCUUAUGCCAGAGACUGCACGACAACUUCAGCUGUCUUGCGACAAGUACAGAAGUGCUGGACUCUAAUGACAUAUUCUGCAACGUCUCGUCAUCGCCUUCAGGAUAAGAGCCCAAGGAGACAUCAACGCUAAGGCAUGCUUGGAAUCGCAGCCUGCUGAGGAAAUGGGCAACACAGUGGAAUGGACCAAAUUGACGCCGGAUUUGAUGCCACGAUAACCCGACAACAUGAUCCUUGGGGUCUGACGGGGCGAAAUAUGUCAUUGCUGGGCAAGAGCGCGCUCCUGUCAAACCGUUAGUUCUUUUCCGACAAAGAUUUGGAUGUUUGCAAAGCUGAUUUUGUAGAUUUUUGGCAACACUCAGGCUUCGACUGCCAAAUAUUUUGCGCCACAGUAAGAGUAGCUUUUCAGAAUGAAAUUUGAGAAAGGUUACGAACCCAGCUUCGAGCCUAGAUGUCAACAAGUUUAGAGGAUAAUCUUUGACAACCUCACUGCGAGACUUAAAUCGCAUGUACUUCUGGUCGGCAGGGGGAGGUCAUAUGUUGAUUGUGACCAUCGUGUACAAUUUUCACUCUAAGAGUUGCGUCCGUACAUGGCUAGCACGUUUGCCAGGAGGAGAGCAGUGUGCCAGUCACUGCCAGUCAGUAUAGCGUAAUGGGCUGUUGGCACUGUGCGAGUGAGCCUUUUUUUGAAGUAGAGUGAAUUUAAAAUAAUGAAACGAUCCUAAGACUCUGCUAUUUCCUUAGAGCAGAACUUGCUAGGAAUUGAACAAGCGAGAAAAUUAC